AUGAAAAAGCAGAAAAAAAGGAUUCAGUUACUAGGAGUUAUUGAAGAUUUACUAAGAGUUACUAAAGAAUUAUUAAGAGUUACUGAAGAGUUACUAAAGGAGUUACUGAGAUUUACUGAAGAAGUUACUGAAGAGUUCCUAAGAGUUACUGAAGAGUUACUAAAAGUUACUGAAGAGUUACUGAAGAGUUACGGAAGAGCUGCUAAAGAGUUACUGAGA